GUUGCUCGGCAUGGAAAAGCCGAAAAAUCUAGAAAAAUCUUGAAUUUUUCGUGUUCGGUCCGCUAGUAUUUGCGAAUGAAAACUGCAAGAGAUCGCUGUUGGAAGCUAUCACUCGCACUCUCUCGUACCAAUCGAUUUGCAUAAUAAGCGUCCUAGCCUCCAGUGAUUCGAUUUGCUUGCGCAAAAAUCCUGUUUGCCUCAAGAACACAUACCGUGCGCUGUAUAGGCGAGGUGAACAAACGCGGCGUUGAAUAAUCACAUAGCAUCAAGCUCUUGUUAAGAAAAUAGCAUCGACGGAUCCACGCUGAGAUUGCUCGCUGUGGUGGUCUGCGUCUCGAGUAACCUCUUCAUAAGUUGAGCAAAAAUGGCUAAAUGGGGUGAAGGCGAUCCACGCUGGAUUGUGGAGGAGCGACCGGAUGCGACAAAUGUCAACAAUUGGCACUGGACAGAGAAAAACGCUACACCAUGGUCGAAGGAUAAGUUGAAGACCCUGCUUGAUGGAUUUGUGAUUUCUGGAUCUGGAUUGGAAUGCACUAUAACAAAGAUCGACAAGCUGGAUGGUGAGGCAACGGCCAAUAACCGGAAAGGGAAGCUAAUAUUUUUUUACGAGUGGAACAUAGUGCUGCUAUGGAAGGGUCAAUUUAACGAUGAGGAGGUGACGGGCAAAGUGACCAUUCCCAAUCUCUCCGAGGAAAACGAUGUGGACGAGGUGGAACUAACGGUAUCAUUGGAUAGUUCGAAUCCGGCCUCGGAAAAAAUGAAACUGUUCAUGUAUAACGUCGGGCGGGAGAAGCUAAGAAAGCAGUUGGACACCUACAUUCGUGAGCUCAAGGCGGACUUUGCUAAGGGGUUAAUCCUGCCGAAGAAGGACGAAGUGAAUGGUGCAGAGACGGAACCACGAAAGAAUGACAAGGAAACCGUGUUCGCAAGCGGGUUUAACAAGAAAAAGAUUGACUUCGAAACCGUAACGAGUCCGAAGGAUACCUCGAAAAAAGUCGCUGGCUGUAAGCUUGACUUGAAGGAACUGAGAAUGACGGAGAAGUUCCAGUGCAGGACGAUCGAAUUAUUCGACGCACUUACGAGAGAGGAUAUGGUCACGGCAUUCACCCGUGGCCACGUUAAGCACGAGCUAUUCGAGGGAGGAGACUUCGUUUACUUUGGAGGCAAUAUUAGUGGCAAGUUUAAGGAAAUUGUGCCGAACAAGAAAAUUGUACAAACUUGGCGAUACAAGGAGUGGCCUUCAGGACAUUAUUCGACUGUAACAAUUGAAUUAGAAGAGGAGGAGGAUCACACAACACUUAAACUGACCCAAAAGAUGAUUCCGGCAGCCGAACUUGAGAGGACCGGCGAGAAUUGGAAGCGAUACUAUUGGAAUAGUAUUCGAUCUGCUUUUGGAUUCGGAAGUUUUCUUCGCUAAAAGGAAAUUUUUGGUAUAAUCAUUUACUGUCAUCAACAACACCACAAUAUGCACCAUUUUGCACGCUCUGUCACAACAAAUCCCUACCCUUGUUGAAACGCAUUGCAUAUGUCGAAGAGUACCAAUCGGGAAAGUUAUUAUCUAUAGCUUCGGUACAAGAGCGGUGGUUGUCUCGGCUUCGGACCGUAAAUUAGUAUGAGAUUACUAUUAAAGUUGUAUGACAAAUAGUUACACAAAAUCAGGCAGAUCAACGGUCAACGCGAUCCGAAUGCGAUUUCACAUUUGCUUUACACCGGUUAUCCAUUUCGAAUGCAAUGCUUCAUUUGAGAGCGGAAGGGACUCACUUAUUGAAAUACAGCCAUAGUAAGACAAUUAUAGUUGAAUUAGCCUUUUUGUGUUUCGUUCGUGCAACUGAGAAAAUACACCUGCCCAUGCCUGCCACUAACUUGGCUUUAUAGACUCAUUAUUGUGAGACACCUUUGAAGUUACUAAGUUCUAGCUCCAUUGCUUAUAUCAUUGCUUUAAUUUAUGUUAGCGUAAAAUUACACCCUUUCCGAUUCGGUACGAAGCGUAGGGUCGUGCUGUACAAGGACAAAGAUAGCGAUAACAAGAAACAACGAGCAGAGCACGUGGCAUUGUAAUGUGAAGCGAUUUUACUUUUGAUAUAAUAAAAAGUAAAUAAGUAAUACU